CUUCUUUUGAUCUGCACACGUGCUUCUACACAAGUGGACAGUUUUAUGUUUUUUUUAAGCUAAAUACAUGAUCAUCAUCUUGGCCUUACCUAACCAUGACAGAAGCUACAGAAGCUACAGAUCUUUCAGCAUUACUACCUCAAGUGGAUGAAAGAACACUUGGGGAGGAUGACAUGUUUGACGUAAUUGAGGCUCUCUCUCCUGUUGCCGCAAAAUGGAAGGCUAUUGGAACAGCUCUCAGGAUAAGGCGUAACAAGUUGGAUGAGUUUGAGAGCACACACAAGGGAGAUGUUCAGGAUUGUUUAGCUGACACAGUAGCGGAGUAUGUACGCAUGGGCUAUGACACCAAGAAGCACGGAGAGCCGAAAUGGCUCAAUAUAAUCAAAGCAGUAGAGCAUUCUGCUGGUGGAAACAACAAAGCACAUGCUAUUGCCAUAGCGAAGGAUCACCUUAUACCUGACCCAGCAAGGCAAAACAUAAACCUAGAAGAUGAGAACAAUCCUCGUCUUCUCGAGGCUUUUUCACAAAAAUUGCGAGCACAACUUGAGGUGAUCAAAUCAUUCUCCAUCAAUUCUAAAGAGGACGAGGAACACAAAUUAUGGGAUAUCAGGAAGGCUUUGUCUGACUUUGUAAAAGACACAACAAGAUCUAAAAUCAGCUCUGAAAGUAUUCGUAAGGUGCUAGCUGGAUUGUACAGCAGUGAUCUGCUUGUAGAUAACAGCGUUUACGAAUGGGCUUCAAAAGAAAUUGAUUCAAUGGAGGAAGUGUCUGUGAAGCCUCUAGAAGAGCAAGAACCUCCCACUAAAGAAGAGAUACCACCACUUUUCAGUAAAGACAUUGUCUACCAUGCUUGCUUGUGUAGUCUAGCCACUAGCACUUGCACUGUUGCCGGCUACAAAGAUUUCUUCAACAAGAAGUUUCCUGAGCACUCCCUCGAAGAAGCGUCACUUUCUCGAUCACAAGACAGAGAAGAUGUCGAUCGCUACCUCAUCGCUAGACAAGGGAAGGUGUUUUAUGUCGCUUUUCAGAGUGAGCCUUUACUCUCAGACUGGAUGAAGAAAUUCAUAUCUUUUGAAGAAGGGGUUCAAACACAAAGUGACAGGAUUCCUCUUCGAUUCUUUGUCCGUCAACUACAUGAUGGAUAUCGAAUUGUAUUCACAGGAUUCUCAUUUGGGGGUCUACUGGCCAAAGCAGUGGCUGCUAGGAUGUGGAGAGAGCCACUCCUCAGUGUGGAAUCCUUGCAAGAAAAUGUUGCCUGCAUCACACUAGGUGCUCCGAUGAUCACCAGCCCUGUGGUUACCAUGGCAAUGGAAGAGACCCCUCAAUUUGGUAGCACUGUCCAUUCAAUUAUGUUGGACUCUGACCCCAUCCCCAAAUUGUGCAUGUUUUUGGACCCUCGUUGUGAGGAGGUGGGUUCUGAGGUGCUGCUCCCCAGUCUUCGGAAAUCAAUGGAGAAUUUUCAAGGACUAUUCACCUCUGUUUUAACAUGCAACUUUGGUAUCAUCCAAGACAGUGGUAACUCUAAGGGUACCGAUUUGGAUACACCGAAUGCACUUGAGUCCAUCAAGUCUGUACUGGGCAAAGCUCUUCCACAGUUACUGGCCCGUCUACCCAAGCUGACAACUAUAGGAGAUGUGUACUCAGUUUCGAUCGAUCCUUCUAAAGGCCUGGUGUUCAAGAAUCUUGAAAGUCAAGAAUUGACUGCAUUCCUCGAGUUUUAUUCUCUUUCAUCCAUUGAUCAGCUUUCAUUUGAGAUGUUUGUAAAGCAUGAUGCCAAAGUUUACCAGCAAGCUGUUUUCAAAAGUUACAUCAAGCGUUCACUUAAGUCUGGCUUCCCACUUAAGGAUCUGAAUGUCGUAAAACCAUCCAUCACAUCUGUUGAUUUCCGUCGCCAUGGUAGGGAGGUUUCCGUAACAGUGAAUGGCGACAACCUGUGGUUCUGUUACAACAUUCAAGUUGCUCAAUAUAAGACGAAGGUCUGUGCCAAAGACACCAGUCAGCACUCAUUACAGUUUAACUACGAUGCUGAAAAUGAUACGAGAAUCAUCAUGGAUGCUGAUAAUGUGAAAGUAUACCUUUCUAGCCAUUUCUCAAAUCCAGUGAAGAACGUACAUGUAAAAGUUUCAAGAAAGGUAUUUCGCUUCACCUUUCGACAAGAGCAGCUGGCUAAACUAACUCCCUCGGAGCUGAUUGAGACAGCAUAUCUAAGUACUCUGCUGGAACAACACCCUCACACAACCAAGCUGAAGAUGUUCUCUCAUCGAUUCAACACUGUUCGAGAUUUCUUGGAGCAGAUAGUUUCUGUUGUUCCUAUUGAGAGCGUUUUUCACACAAUUGUCAUAUCUAAUGAUCUAGAGAUUAUGGCCAGAUGUUGUAGCCUUUUGGAGUCUUCUCAGCUCAAUCUGCCUCCUUCCCUUCUGUUGUUUUCAAGUGCUGAAAAUGCAAUAGGUGCUUUCCAUGUACUUAGUGGAGUAGCUCAGCCUGAACUAUUUAAUUCAACUGAAGAUCGGUAUCUUUACUGGAAGCAGUCCAUAUCAGGUAAAACUGUGACAAAAGAAACAGCUCGUGCACACUACCAGAAGUAUGCUAAGCAAACCUCUCGAGCUACUGGUGCCACUACUGUCAAUAAAAUCAUUGACAGGGAAACUUUCUACGCAAAAGAGUUCCAUCAAGUGUAUCAGGAAAAUGCUGCGACAAAAAUGACCCAAAGUAAUACACGUGAAUAUUUGCAAACCGUUGUACCAAAUCACCCUAAUCUCCAGCUAUUGUCUCGCAUACUAACAUUGUCUGACAAUGCAUUAAUGAAUUCCCACAAUUGUGAACGGAUAAAUGCUAUCAAUGAUUUAAAACUUGGUAUGAUCUACCCGACUCUGGCUUCUCAAGAAAAAUCACCGUUAGACAUUCUUAGUAUUAGUCGUAAGAAGCUAUCACAGCUAUCACAGCAAUCAAUCAGUUAUUCAAGUGAUACAAGUUUGAAAGAAGACCAACGACAGAGGCUCUCCCAGCUAUACAACUCAAAGAUGUUGAAGUUAGUGAAUGACAUUCGGUCUAAAGAUCUCAAAAUGUGUACUCUCCUCUUGGGAGCAUUCAUGGAAAAUCAAAUCAAAGUCCCUCUGGUCAAGUCUGAGUUCAACACAGCUAAGGCGCUAGGUGCUCUUGUGAAUGCUGCUGCUGUUGGUGUAUGGGCAAUGUUCAGUCUCUCCUUAGGUGACAUGAAUGAAGUCAUUCGCUCGAUUCCUUCAGGAUCUCUUCUCGUGCAAGUCAAGGAGUACAUUAGGGGCAUGUUUGCUGAGAAGACAACCACUGCCGAUCACAACUAUGCUGGCAAGCUCCAGUUCUUGAUUCAGGGAAUGGACAAGACAGUCAGUUGCAACACUCACUACAUCAGCUACUCACUCGAACGUCAACUUAUCGAACUCUGCAAGAAGCUAAACAUCAGCGAAUCGACCCCCCUAGAAGUCCUUGUACGAGACUGGGACAAGCUCUUCAAAGAAGACGUCCUUUCUCUGGUUGUUCCCACACAUCGCUCUUUGAUAGCCUGCUGGAUGAAGUGGGCUCUCAUGAUACACAAUCUGAGGGAGGAGCUGGCCAAGUACACGACCGUGGGUGUAGUAGGGCUCGUCAACUCGGGGAAGUCCCUCCUCGUUAGUACCCUCUUCAACAUUGAGGUCCCAGUUGGUACCACAGCUGUCAAGCGUACCACAAUCCCGUUUCUGUACAAUCUUGAGGGGGUGAUUGAUGGAAUGGACGUGAUCGACUUCCCUGGUGUGGAUGACAGAGAUGACACUAUUCCUGACCUGUGUGAGCUCCUCCUGGCCCUCGCACAAGUCGUCAUCUUCGUAGUGGACUACAGGAAAGCACACACCCAGUCAGCCAAGCAGUGGCUUGAGAUGUUGGAGGACAAGUCAGUUCCUGUACUGGUGUGCCUCACCUAUGCUGACAAGCUGUACGCUGAGCACAUGGGCAAAGAUGGCUCCCACCCCGACGCCAGCCACAUUAAACAAAGAAUCGCUGAGGAAUGCUCAAUGAUCAAGGAGCAGCUUGGUGAUGUGCCGUCUCAUGAAGUGCAACUGUUUUCAUUCAGCCAAGACCGUGAUUCUGUCUUGAACACUCCCGAGGGGCGAGAGAGGUUAAAGGAUGCCGGGAUUGCCCCACCCCAAGCGGUGGGUGACUGGUUGGCCGGUGUGUUUGAGAGCCAACUGGAACAGGACGAAGUGGCCAAGCAACUCAGAGACUAUGUACACUCAAAGUAGUAGUUUUGUAUCCGUACUUCAUGUUCUUGUUGGGUGCACUCCAGAUAUCUUAUUUCUCUGCAUGGCAUUUUUAAAUGUGUGCAUUAUUUUUAAUAUACAGUUGGUGUUCGUUUUGCUUUUCAUUCCCACAGUUUAUAUAAUAGAGAGGUUUGUGACAUCAUCCGUAAAGCUAAUUAA